AAGCUUUGCUGUUGGAGUCACAGGAUGGCAGCUGCUGUUCUGCCCCCCACUUAUGAUCAGUCCUCCCUGUGCCCAGCCCCUCAUAGGAAACCAUGCAGAGGGAAGGAGGGGCUGGCUGGUGAGCUCCUGGCCAGCUGGCUACAGGACCUGGUGACCUUCAAGGACGUGGCUGUGGAGUUCUCCCAGGAGGAGUGGGCAUUGCUGGACCCGUCUCAAAGAACUCUGUACCGAGACGUGAUGCUGGAGAACUGCAGGAACCUGGCCUCCCUUGGGUGUCAUGUUGAUAAACACAGUUUGAUCUCCCAGUUGGAGCAAGAAGACAAGACGGUGACAGAGGAGAGAGGAAUCCUUCCCAGCACCUGUCCAGAUUUGGAUACUGUACUUAAAACCAAAUGGCUGACUCCUAAGAAGCAUGUUUUUAGAAAAGAACAGACUAAAAGUAUAAAAAUGGAAAGAAGUCAUCGUGGAGUGAAAAUCAAUGAAUGUAAUCAGUGCUUUAAAGUCUUCAGCACCAAAUCUAACCUUACUCAGCACAAGAGAAUUCACACUGGAGAAAAACCCUAUGACUGUAAUCAGUGCGGAAAAUCCUUCAGCAGCAGGUCUUACCUUACUAUUCAUAGGAGAAUUCAUAAUGGAGAGAAACCCUAUGAAUGCAAUCACUGUGGGAAAGCCUUUAGUGAUCCCUCAUCCCUUAGGUUGCACGUGAGAAUUCACACCGGAGAAAAACCUUAUGAAUGUAACCAGUGUUUUCACGUCUUCCGCACUAGUUGUAACCUCAAAAGCCACAAGAGAAUCCAUACAGGGGAGAAUCACCAUGAAUGUAAUCAGUGUGGAAAGGCCUUCAGCACCAGGUCCUCUCUUACUGGACACAACAGCAUUCAUACAGGGGAGAAACCGUAUGAGUGCCAUGAUUGUGGGAAAGCCUUCAGGAAGAGCUCCUAUCUGACACAGCACGUGAGAACUCACACAGGAGAGAAACCCUAUGAAUGUAACGAGUGUGGGAAAUCCUUCAGCAGCAGCUUUUCUCUGACUGUGCACAAGAGAAUACAUACUGGAGAGAAACCCUACGAGUGCAAUGACUGUGGGAAGGCCUUUAAUAACCUCUCUGCUGUUAAGAAGCACUUGAGAACUCACACUGGAGAAAAGCCCUAUGAAUGUAACCAUUGUGGGAAAUCUUUUACCAGCAACUCUUAUCUCUCUGUGCACAAGAGAAUACAUAACAGGUGGAUAUGAGUUGUGAUGAGAAAUGACUGGAAAUCUCUAUGAGAAAGCACUUGUUGACCUCUCACCCUAAGACAACCUGAGAGAACUCACACCAGGUAUAUAAGUUAUCUGUUUCUGCCUAACAAAUCAUUCCCUAAAACUUUGACUUAAAACAAGAAGCAUUUAUUAUUUCACAGUUUCCAAAAGGAAUUCAGGAACAGUUUAGCUUUGUAGUUCUGGCUCAGAAUCUCUUGAGGUUUCAGCCCAGAUGUCAGGCAGGGCUGUGGUCAGCAGGUCUUUGCUAAUGAAGGGUCCAUUUCCAAGAUGGCCCUCACAUGCCUAGAAAGUCGGUGCCGGUUGUUGACAGGAGACUUCCUGACCACAUAGGCCUUUCCACAAGGCUACGUAGCUUUACGAUGUGGCAGCAGGUUCCUCCCAAAGCAAGUGAUUCAAGGGAGGGCCACUGAAGAAGCCAUAAUGUCCUACCACCUAGGCACAGAAGGAUGUUUUCACCUCUUUCAUAUGGAAUCGGUCACAGAAUGAUAGUGAUACUGUGUGGG